UUGAAGUUUCGGAAUUUACAUGCAGUACAGUUGUUUGUUUGGUAACGUGUGUAUGUUAGUAAGGUCUUUGAGUAAAAUAUCGAAUAUAUACUGUUUACAAGUAAGAUAAACACCACAAAGUGUGAAUCCAAGAUAUAUGAUGUGGGAAGAUUCGUAACAAAUGUAAUAUUUUGUGCUCCAGGACACUGUGCUUGUUAUGUUUUAAAGAUGGCUUCGACAGAGCAGUUGGGACCGAAUAAAACGUGGGAACUUUCAUUGUACGAGCUUCACAGAACACCACAAGAUGCGAUAACUGAUAACACUGAAAUAGCUGUAUCUCCGAGAAGUUUGCAUAGUGAAUUAAUGUGCCCUAUAUGUUUGGACAUGCUAAAGAAGACAAUGACAACAAAAGAGUGUUUACAUAGGUUUUGUUCUGACUGUAUCAUAACAGCAUUAAGAUCUGGCAAUAAGGAAUGUCCUACGUGCAGGAAGAAACUCGUGUCGAAGCGUUCGUUGAGACCAGAUCCAAAUUUUGAUUUACUCAUUCAAAAAAUUUAUCCUAGUCGUGAUGAAUACGAAGCUCAUCAAGAGAGGGUGUUGGCAAAAUUGAGCAAGAGCCAUAGCCAGGCGGCGCUUGUGAAUUCGAUAAACGAGGGAAUCAAGUCGCAGUCACAGAACAGGCCCCAGCGAUCACGUAAGGCGGCAAAUGAGUCUGACACUGCACCAGGUGGGACACCGAAUGCGAGCGCCCCGACGACGCCAACGCAUCAAGACGCCGGGGCGCCGAGACCGAUAACGCCACCUGCAAGCGAACCAACACCUCCAGCGGUACCGCCCCCACCCCAACAGCCGCAACCGCCCCCGCCAAGCCCAACUCUUUCCAACAAAUCCACCAAACGUCUUAAAUCUGUCCCUAACUCCGAAAACGAGUCCGCAGGAUCAAGUGUGGAGGCUGGCGGACACGAGUCGUCUGUAGGAGAGGUUGAUGCCGCGGAACCAGCUAUGUUAAACGAAGUUGAAAUUAUUUUCAAACCACAUCCCACCGAGAUGCUGGGGGAGCAGGUGCUUAUCAAGGCACUGAAGGACAACUCUGUGCGGUACAUCAAGACAACAGCCAACGCCACAGUUGACCAUCUCGGCAAGUAUUUGGCAAUGCGGCUGACACUUGAUCUGGAGGCAGAGGUACCUGAGCCACUCCGUCUUUUGAACUUCUGCAUUUAUAUAGCAUCAGCGCCUGGUCAGCUUAUUGUCUUGAGUGGCACACAGACACUGCGACAAGUCAAUGACAAGUUCUGGAAGAUCAACAAACCGUUGGAAAUGUUCUACUCCUGGAAGAGGUCCUAGGGGCAGGGCCAGGAUCGCUGACCGGCGGUCUCGAACAGAUCGUGAAGGUGAUCCGUGUUGUGCUAGACUAUUGGAACAACUGAUCCACUGAAAGACAGCGUUAUUAUUUUUCACAUGAAAUUUGUUGUUUUGAGUUAUGAGUAACUCAAAAAUUACAUUCUGAGUUGUUCACCUUUUGUUGAUGUAAAGAGAAGUUAUGCUCUUGCAUAACUAUUUUAUUGAUCUGAGAUAUAUUUAUGAGGAAGUGUAAUAUGAAACAGUAGAUCAUGUUCAAAGAAAUGUAUACUUUUGUGCCUUACUUCCCCUUUUCUGUUGUUGUUUAUGUAUCAGAUUCUGAGAGACAGUAUUAUGUUUCAUGGACAGUAUGUUACCAUGACAAAAACUGAGGAGAAUGUGUAUAAGAGUACUUUGCAUGAUGCUCUUGUCUAAUAAACUUGACCUUUAUACAGACA